AUGGGACUCAGGACUCCAGACUACCCUGGCGCGUAUUUUGCCACCUGGGCGGUGCGGAGCGGCAAGAAGACCCAGGGGGAACCGUAUCUGAUGGGGAAUGCAAUUGCCAAAGCUUUGUAUUCAGUGUUGUUUGAAUGGUUGUUGGAGCAAAUUAAUGACUGGCUAAGCCCAGCUGAGAUGGACAGCACUGUUGGUGUCGUAGACAUUUACGGCUUUGAGGAUCUUGAAGUGAACAGCUUUGAGCAACUGUGUAUCAACUUUGCCAAUGAGCAGUUGCAGAAUUUUCUCAACAAAACUCUACUUUCUCAGGAACAGGAGGAGUAUAAUAAAGAGCAGAUUCCUUGGUAUCCAGUGCAACUUAAGAACUUUCACUCCUGUCUGGAAUUGAUCUCCUCCAGACCAAAUGGCAUCCUCCGCAUAUUGAAUGAUCAAACAUGCGUCCCACAGGCUACUGACCACACCUUCCUUCAGAAAUGCCAUUACCACCAUGCAACCAACCCCUUCUAUAUCAAACCCAAGAACCCAAUACCAGUCUUCACUAUUCAUCACUAUGCAGGAACUGUCACAUAUCAGGUCCAUAAUUUCCUCAAUAAGAAUCAAGACCAGUUCAGAACAGAAAUUGUGGAGCUUUUUGCAAGAAGCCGGAUAAAGGUGAACCAACUGACACAUUAUUCAUCAUACUCAUAA